UCAUCAUAGCGCGCCCUAGUGCAGAGAAGGACCCCUCUGGUUAUUUUCAGCACCGGGCUGGUGCAACUGUGCUACUGCCGGAUGGCAAAUCCGGGCUCUCGACUCCGAGAGACUUAUGUGGCGAAAGGGCGCGGAAACCACGGGGAACCCUGAGACUGAGUGGGCCCUAUCCCACUUCUCUCUGGGUGGCGGCGCUGUGGCGAGAGACUGACAGGCGCAGUGAAAGGCAGCCCUCUGCUGUACGGAGGAAAACAGGCCUGGGAGCAGGAACCUGUAGGCAGCGCUUGCGGGUAGCGGGAUAGUGGCUGCAAGCGCGCGUGGGAGGCGGGGGCUCUGGGCGGAACAAAAAUCACAGGAUGUCAGAGGAUGUUUCCCGGGAAGAACUGGGAUAAAGGAAGGGUCCCAACACCAUGGAGGACCCGAACCCUGAAAAGAACGUGGAGCAGCAGGAUUCACCCAAGGACAGAAGUCCCCAGAGCCCAGGAGGCGGCAUCUGCCACCUGGGAGCCCCAAAGUGCACCCGCUGCCUCAUCACCUUCGCAGAUUCCAAGUUCCAGGAGCGUCACAUGAAGCGGGAACACCCAGCGGAUUUCGUGGCCCAGAAGCUGCAGGGGGUCCUCUUCAUCUGUUUCACCUGUGCCCGCUCCUUCCCCUCUUCCAAAGCCCUGAUCACCCACCAGCGCAGCCACGGUCCAGCCGCCAAGCCCACCCCACCGGUUGCAACCACUACUGCCCAACCCACCUUCCCUUGUCCUGACUGUGGCAAGACCUUUGGGCAGGCUGCUUCUCUGAGGCGGCACCGCCAGAUGCAUGAGGCCCGAGCCCCUCCUGGCACCUUUGCCUGCACAGAGUGUGGUCAGGACUUUGCUCAGGAAGCAGGGCUGCAUCAACACUACAUUCGGCAUGCCCGGGGGGAGCUCUGAGUGCAGCUUAAGCCUCUCCAUGGUGACAGGUGGCGUUGUGGCCCAUGAGACCCACCCAUCAUAUGGGGUGCAGGAACUCUGGGGGCCCUGAGGGAUUUGCUUCCCUACCCUGGGAGGGCAGAUGGCCCUUAAUAAAGAGGACCCAGAAGAUUCUCAUUUAGAGCUUCAGUCUUUGGAGGACACAGGGUCUUCAGGAGACGGUGAAAUCAGACAAUAAUGAGAUCUUUUGUUUAGAAAAAAAUGGGAAGAGAGUACGGGAGAGAAAUGAUUUGUGUCUCCCUAAUUCCCAGUUAAACACAUAGCUGUGGAUUGUGCCAUCAACCCUUCAUUCUUCCCAGAUGGAUACCAUGGGCUGUGGGAGCAAACUGCCCUGGACCUUUGCCUGAAUGAGGGCAGGGAAGGUAAGGUGUUGCUGGCCUGUAGUGCCACUGGAUGAGUUCCAGAUGUGGGGCAACUUGGGCCUUUGGGGAGGGGGCAGCAAAGUUGAGAGCUGGACCCCAAUUGAAUGGGGGUGGAAAUUCGAGUCCUUGAGUCAAUUCCCACCCCCUGCCAGCCCUUCUCGUUUAGAGGGGCUACGGCACUGGAUGGCAGUAGUCCCCUGAUAAUUUAUGCCUUGUUUAAAUAAUUUUGGAUAUCAUUCUAGUCAUGAAAUAUUUUUUCAUAUGUGUAGGUGAAAUGGUAUGAAUAAGCUAACGGGAAUAGUAUCUAAAAACAAAACAUCCAUAUUAAAAUAUCUAAACCGGGA